CCGCGCCCGCGCCGCCCGCGCCGGACAACAACAACUUGGAGAGCCCCAACUGGCAGUCCUUCCACCCGACCCUGCGCGAGAGGAACGCGCUGAUGUUCAACAACGAGCUCAUGGCUGACGUCCAUUUCAUUGUGGGGCCCCUGGGCGCGGCCCAGAGGGUGCCUGCUCACAAGUACGUCUUGGCCGUUGGUAGCUCUGUCUUCUAUGCCAUGUUUUAUGGGGACCUGGCAGAAGUCAAGUCAGAAAUCCACAUCCCCGACGUGGAGCCUGCAGCUUUUCUGAUCUUGUUAAAGUACAUGUACAGUGACGAGAUCGAUCUGGAAGCCGACACAGUGCUGGCCACGCUCUAUGCUGCCAAGAAGUACAUUGUCCCCGCGUUAGCAAAAGCCUGCGUCAACUUUCUGGAGACAAGCCUGGAAGCCAAAAACGCCUGUGUCCUGCUGUCCCAGAGCCGGCUGUUUGAAGAGCCCGAGCUGACCCAGCGCUGCUGGGAGGUCAUUGAUGCACAGGCUGAGAUGGCCCUGAGGUCUGAAGGCUUCUGUGAAAUUGACUGGCAGACACUGGAAAUCAUCGUGACCCGGGAGGCCCUCAACACCAAGGAGGCAGUGGUUUUUGAAGCCGUGCUGAACUGGGCCGAGGCAGAGUGCAAGAGGCAGGGCCUGCCGGUCACCCCUCGCAACAAGAGGCACGUUUUGGGGCCAGCCCUCUAUCUGGUCCGAAUUCCAACCAUGACCUUGGAGGAAUUUGCCAAUGGUGCUGCCCAGUCGGACAUCCUGACGCUGGAGGAGACCCACAACAUCUUCCUGUGGUACACAGCAGCCAACAAGCCCCUCCUCGACUUCCCCCUGACCAAGAGGAAGGGUCUCGCCCCACAGAGGUGCCACCGUUUCCAGUCUUCUGCCUACCGCAGCAACCAGUGGCGCUACCGAGGGCGCUGCGACAGCAUCCAGUUUGCCGUGGACAGAAGGGUAUUCAUCGCGGGGCUGGGCUUAUACGGGUCCAGCUCUGGGAAAGCCGAGUACAGCGUGAAGAUUGAACUCAAGCGGCUGGGAGUGGUCCUGGCUCAGAACCUGACCAAGUUUGUCUCGGACGGCUCCAGCAACACCUUCUCGGUCUGGUUUGAACACCCCGUGCAAGUCGAGCAGGACACCUUCUACACGGCCAGUGCCGUCCUGGACGGCAGCGAACUCAGCUACUUUGGGCAGGAGGGCAUGACAGAAGUGCAGUGUGGGAAGGUGACCUUCCAGUUCCAGUGCUCUUCAGACAGCACCAAUGGGACCGGGGUCCAGGGUGGGCAGAUCCCUGAGCUCAUCUUCUACGCCUGAGCCACCACGGGGUGGUGGAUUGUGCUGUGAGGGGCACAGGAAGGCUGUGCCGCGGGGCCUUUCUCUGCAGCCAGGAGUGCAGGACGCUCUGCUACCCUUUACUUUGCAGUUGACUGCCUUAAAGGCUGUCACUGUUAUUAAAGGCUUCCAUUUCUUUGUAUCUCUUUUUUAUUAGUCAUGUAGCGCCAGGCUGUGGCAUAGACACUUUUCUACACAGCCAGGGCAUCAGUUUCUGAAUCUUGGCCGCUGGGCCUCACAGGCAUCUCAUCUCCUGUAUUUGGGGCGCACGUCUCAGGUGGAGGGCAGAUUUGGGAGGCACAAGGCAGGUCCCAGAUCCCCUCCCAGUGGCACCUGCGCCGCCUGCUUUGCGGGCUUUGCUGUCCCUCCCACCUUCUUGGAUUCUAUUCUAAGUGGUUCUAAGCUUAACUUAAGACUUUCUCUUCAUAUCCAAAAUUGGGGGAAAGUCACCUAAAACAGUUCAUCUACUUAAGUGGGUUUUCAUAAUAAAGUUUUAAUAAAAUAAGAGCCACAUGUAGAUAAAUGACUA